AUGAAGCAAGAAAUCCAAGAAUUGAUUGGAAUUUCCGACCGAAUAGCCGUUCUCAACAUCAACAUACCGGGAUAUCAAAAAAUGUGGUCAAUAAUCCAAGUAUACGCCCCGACAGAACAAGCAGCAGAAAAUGAAACUAAAGCCUUCUAUGACGAGCUAACACUAACAGUAACAAAAUUCUCACACAACCACAUAAUACUAAUGGGCGACUUCAAUGCCCAAAUAGGAGAAAAGCAAAGUAAGGAUGAACAUGUCUUGGGAAACUUUGGACAAGGAAGAAAAAGCCCAAAUGGUGAAUUACUGGUCGAAUUCUUAUUAGAAAAUAACCUGAAGAUACUGAACAGUCUUUUCAAGAAGAAUAAAAAGAACAAGUGGACCUGGAUAUCCCCUGACGGCAGCUACAAAAACGAGAUCGACUUCGUAGCAACCAGCUAUCCAAAGGCUUUCACGGACACAUUUCAAGGUAUGCUCAACGCCGAACAGCAUAGUAGCAAAACUUUAGAGAAAAUAGCAGAUUCCCUAUGCAAAAUCAGAAAAGAAAUAACAGAAAACAGAAACACAGAUGUCCUUGUUAAGUAUGGGAAACUAGAGAAACUAAUUACACAACAUGCCAAAGUAGAUUUCUCGAGAGAAAACAAAUACAAGCUAACUGACACUACCCUUAAACUAAUAGAAGAAAGGAAAAACUUGCUUUCAAAGCACCCAAAGAAAGAAAAUAUCAAGCUAGUAACGGAACUAAGCAAGAAAAUCAAAGAGAACAUCAGGAAAGAUAGGAAGAACAAGAGGCAGCAAACGCUAGAAAAUCAUAUAAAAAGAACAGGAGGAGUAAAGAAAGCAUUAAAGGAAUUGAGAGAAAUUGACAAAGAAUGGAUACCUAAACUCAAAAACGAAGGGAUUACCUCUAGUAAUAGAAACAGCGUAAAUAAAAUGGCCACUAUUUUUUACAAGGACCUAUACUCGAGCUCAGGGGAAAAACAAGAACAGACUAACACUCUCACCAAGAACCAAGACCCAAUAGAACCAGAACCAAAGAUCUUACCAAAUGAAGUAGAAAAAGCUAUACUUAGCCAGAAGAUGGCCACAGCUCCAGGACCAGAUAAAAUCACAAACGAGCUUCUUAAAGGCACUCUCGAAGAACUAAUACCCAUAUUAACAGCAAUAUUUAACGACAUAAUGGAGACUGAUAUCAUCCCCAAACAAUGGACAACAUCACACAUCAUACUCAUAUAUAAGAAAGGUCAAAAAGAAGACAUUAAUAACUAUAGACCAAUAAGCCUGAUGUCGAAUAUCUAUAAGGUAUUCUCCAAAGUGAUCCUGGAAAGAAUAAGCAAGAGACUUGAUGAAAACCAACCACGAGAACAAGCUGGCUUCAGACAAAAAUUUUCAACUCUAGACCACAUCCACACUGUGAAGCAAAUAAUAGAAAAAUACAGGGAAUAUAACAAGAAUAUAUACAUGGCAUUCAUCGAUUACUCCAAAGCUUUUGACAGCAUUAGCCACAAGGCAAUAUGGAAAAACCUAGAACAACAAGGAAUUCCUACAAAAUACAUUAAUAUUAUUAAGAACAUCUACCUAAACUGUGAAGCUAAGAUACAACUGGAAACCUUGAGAGAGAAGUUCAGUAUUAAGAGGGGAGCAAGACAAGGGGAUCCCCUAUCACCGAAAUUGUUCUCGGCUGUUCUCGAAGGUAUCUUCCGUAAAUUAGACUGGAACGGAUUCGGGCUCAACAUUCUAGGGACAAAAUUGAACCACCUAAGAUUUGCGGACGACAUAGCCCUGUUCGAAGAAAACCCUGCACACUUAGAAGAAAUGAUAAAUUCACUUAAUGAGGAAAGUGUCAAAGUAGGCUUAACAAUGAACAAAAACAAAACCAAACUUAUCACAAAUUCAAAACCAAUAGAAAUAAAAAUCGACGACCAACCACUAGAAUAUGUACAAGAAUACAUCUACUUAGGUCAGAUAAUCUCCCAUAAGGACCAAACAACCAAGGAAAUCAACAGAAGAGUCGCAAACGGAUGGAAAAAGUUCUGGGCACUGAAAGAGAUUGUUAAAUCCAAGGAGAUAAGUAUGUCAACCAAAAGAAAAGUCUUCGACACAUGCAUCCUUCCAGUCAUCACCUAUGGGUGUGAAACCUGGUCACUCACCAAGCUCCACAGGCAAAAACUACAACGCUGCCAAAGAGCAAUGGAGAGGAGUAUGACAGGGAACAGGAUACAGGACAGAGUAAGAAGUAGCGUGAUACGAGAAAGAACCAAUGUAGUAGACAUACUUACUCGAAUAGACCAACAGAAGUGGAGGUGGACCGGCCACAUGAUUCGCGAUCCACACAACAAAUGGAGCACAAUCGUCUCAGACUGGUAUCCCAGGGACGGAAAGAGAAAUAGAGGACGCCAACAGAUGAGAUGGGAAGAUGACCUCAAAUUCACGGCUGGACACCACUGGAGAAGGGUACCGUUUAAGGCUCCACAAUCAUCGGUAAUAACAGUCUUAAUAAUAUAUUCUGUAUUUUGCACCUGUUUGACAAUGAACGCUGGUCAACAUCUUCUCAAUGAAUAUCCAGGAGCACCUCAGACAAAGAUAUUAAGAAAAUUCUGCAUCUUCAUGAAAAUAAAUCCGAUACAAAUACAAUACAAUUCUAAAACAGCACUGGGGAUGUACUUAGUACCUAUAAUAUUCAGCCUUUCUAUCAGUUAUAUAAUCAUAGCUUUGCAAUUCACCAAUUUUAUUUAA